AUGAAUAUUAAACACGAGUAUUAUACUAUAUGUGUUUGUUAAAUAGUUAAGAAAAUAUUGUAUAUUUGUCUCCAAAAAUUGAUAGAUUCUGUCUAAGCAUGUGCUAAUAUGCCUAAAGAAGAUUUCUUUUAAUUUCUUUAUUUUGAGAUAAAAUUAUUUUACCCAAUCAGUAGAGGAAUAGCUCCAAGUUUAGCUGAGAAUCUAUUUAAUGAAAUUUAGAUAAUACUUUAAAUUUCUUAGCAAUUUUGUAAGAAACUUUAAUAAUAAAUUGAUUAAUAAUUAGCUAAGAAGUACGAUUAAGUUUUAGAGAUGCUGGAUAAAUAUUAUGACAAAUUCGGGAAGGCAUUAUUUAAAAGAAAAUUUUUAGAUUCGAUCCAAAGCCUAUUUUUAUCUUCAGAAGAAAAUCUGAAAUAAUCUUCAACAUUCAAAAGGGACACCCAUUAUGAAUCUAUACCCAGUUUAUAGAAUGCCUAAUAAAUCUAACAAAUUUAAUUAGAUUUAACUAAGUAAUCUGAGAGGGCAGCUAAUCAACAUUUCACAGCAGGCAAGCUUCCUUAAGCAGACCCCCUAAUGUGGUAGGAAAUUGAUAAUUAUAAGAUUAAAUCUUUCUAAUAGCGUAAGCCAUUACAUUAAAAGCCUCAGUUGGGAAGAUAGAUUUAUAAGAAUAUUAUCACAUCUGUUCCACUUACAAAGAGACAAAGUAGGCAAGAGGAGUUUUCUCCUCUUAGGAAAUAAGAAAUUAUCUAAGAAUUAUUAGAUAGCAAAUUAACAUCCAAAGAACCAACAAAAUUUUUGACCUAAGCUUUAAUGACUCCAAAACCAAAAAUUAGCAUUAUGAGUUUAGUUGUUCUCUUUAAUUUAAGAUAUUUUCAUUUGGAAUCACCACGAGGUUAGAAGUUACCUAAAUUAAUUACAAAACACUUUCUAAAAAUAUUAACUUAUGUUGAUGAUCCACAAUAUUCAAUUUAAAGUGAUAGAUAACUAUAAAUGAAAGACCUAAAACAAAAAGAAGAUCUAAAUUAACAAAAUAAAACUCAUUUGCUAUUAAACCAAGAUUAGGCUAAUUUUAGUGAAAAAGUUAGAAUUAAUAUCGAUAAAAUUCAAUCCUUAAUACGAAUGGGAGUACUUAGAAAAAAGUGGUAAUAAGAGAAAUAAUAAACUAUUCUUGGUCCUGUAUAAUCAAAGCCACAGUCUAUUACAACCUUCUUAAAUUUCAAUCGAUUUAUAACAGCUCCUGAUGUGAUUGGUAAUCAUACUGAAAAGUAAGCAAAUGCUCAAAGUUAACCAACACCUUGA